AAGCGGGCCGAGACAAGAAUAUGUCCCGUCUGUCACGAAGCGAUUCCUGUCCGGCUGCUGAGCAAGCACAGCGACCUGGAAAUGGCCCGCGUGGAGGAAAUCAUACAGCAGGUCGGUUCGACGGAGGUGCUGGCGGAUGCCGAGCCAGAUGAUGGGUUGACCAGCCGCUCACGGCGGUCUGCAGUCAAGGCCCGCAAAGGUCUCAGCCAUUCCCAGAGUGCGGCGACCUUUGCUUCUACCUCGGAGGUAACGCUCGAACAGAUCACGAAGAGUAUACGUACUUUGAAGAACCGCCGCAAGCAACGGCAUGCACAGCUGAGGGAGUUGAUGCGUGACGACGAGGACGUACCAUGGUGGGGCAGAGGACAUAAUGAAGCUGGAGGUACCCCCUGCCCAGUGUGCGGGCAGAAUGUUCCAGGCGACGAGGAUGUUGUAGAAGCGCAUGUAGACUCUUGUCUGGCGCACCUACGGAUCACCGAGGUGCAAGGAAGUCAGAGCAGGGAGGCCGACAUGGAGAUGGAUAUUGACGUGGAGGGAGGAAUAUUGGCUGGUGUCAACUUCAGAGGUGCGUGUGAGCAUCUUUCUGGCCAAUGCAGCGUUUGUGACAGAAUGUCAAUAGGCACAGGCUUCGACAUCAGAGACCGUACCCAGCAGGACGUUGAAGAUGAGGUGGACGUUGACGGCGAAGAUGAAGUCCUCUUUGGAGCUGCACAGUUCACAGAAAACGACAUUCUUGCCGUCUCAGGCCAGCAUGAAUCCGAGGAUGAAGAUGAAGAUGUCGAUGUCGAGACUGGCGAUAUCGGUGAGACAACAAAAGCCUUGAAAGAGUUGUUGGCAGAAGGCAAGGUCGAGGAACGGCAUGUGGAUGAUGUCAAACGCGCCAUGGACGAGGUGAUGGGAGUAGGAGAAGCCGAAGAGGUAGAACAGGCAAUUGAGAGCGCGCGGAAACAGAACGACCAGGUUGCGUUGAUCCAAGCACUUGAGAACAAGAUCAGCCUUCUGGCAUCGUUACGCGUCUCCUCGUCGACUUCAUUGCUGUGUCGCAUAUGCUUGGACCCAUAUACCGAACCUACCGCCUCAACAGGUUGCUGGCAUACCUGCUGUCGGGAAUGUUGGCUACGUUGUUUGGGCUCGACGAAGAUGUGCCCGAUAUGCAAGCGAAUCACGGCUGCUGCGGAUUUGCGGCGAGUAUACUUAUGA